AUGGCAGCGGACGUAACCUCUCUGGUGAGUCUUCUCGCCCGCUACGACAAGGAGAACGGUGGAGGCGUCGUCACGGCGGCGGGGUCCAAGAAGGAACGCCACCUUGAUCCAGAAGACCGAGAUAGACUCCCCGAGUUCCUGGUAAUUUUUCUCCACCUUCGAUUUCCCUACAACUCCAUGCUUGUUCAUGUGGAUAAUUCUUUCAUCCUAACCCUUCUAUGGAAUUACAGCGCCGCCCGAGCAACAGUUUGCAGGACCUCAACCUUCCACCGCCGCCGCCGCCGCCGCCGACGACGACUACAGUGCUCAACGUGGCUGACCAUCCCUCCUCCGCUCUCGACCUGAAACUGCGCGCGCUAGCGGCGGUGCCGCAGGCGGAGUACCAGAGCGUCUGCACCCUAGAGAAAGUCAAGUCCGCCCUUGCGCGGGCCGAACGCGAGUCCCACCAGAAGCUGCACCGGCCGGACCCGUCGGGAGGGUCUACAUCGCCGGCGUCGUCGUCUACAACCACUUCUUCGGCCAAGCGGCGGCCCACGGAGGACUGCGAUGGUGACUCUACGUGCUCGCCGCCGGGGCUGGAAGGCGGCGCCGCCGCAGAGAUGGUGGCGGCCGGUUGCCCUAGCUGCCUUUUAUACGUGCUCAUAUCGCUGUCUAAGCCGAGGUGCCCCCGCUGCAACUCUGCGGUGCCGCUCCCUCUCCCGAGAAAUAACUCUGCGGCCCAGAAGAAACAGAGGAUCGACCUCAACGCCCUCAGCUCCGCCGCCACCGCCACCACCAGCGCUCCGCUCAGAACAGUGAAGUUCUUCUGA